AUGGCUGUUGAUGCUAAGAUUGAGGAUUUUCAAGCUCGUCUCCAUGCUCUUGCUGUUACAUUAGAUGUUUCCAAUGUUCUGGUUAUGAAAUCUGAUGAAUUGUCUCUUAAGGUUGAUUUAAGUGGCGGUCCUGAAGCGGAAAAUUUCCCUCUGGGCAUGGAGGAGUUACGAUCACCUGAACGUAAAUUAUAUUGUGAAAAGGUAAUUGAAUCAAAUGGACCUUUAAUUGUUAAUGAUUCAACUAAAUCAGACGAAUGGAAAGAUAAUAUCGACGCAGCUAAACAUGGGCUAAUCUCUUACAUUGGUGUUCCCCUUCAUGGUCCUGAUGGUUCAAUUCAGGGAACCGUUUGUGCUGUUGAUAAAAAAGCUCAUUCAUUUGAUGAUAAUUCACUUAAAGCCAUCACCCAAUUACGAGAUGAUAUUGAAAAGUUUGUCAUCGAAAAGUAA